AAAGAUCUAGAGGUAAUCCUGAAAUGGAAAAUCUCAACAACAGCAUGGAGGGAGAUUUUAAAGACAACAUUUUGAUGGAAAGAAUAUCUACUGUAUUAACCAAAUUAACGUAUCAUCAAAGUACAAAUAGAGACGAUACUUGUUUUCAAAAGUUCUCUGACCUUCUGCAUUCGAGACUGAAAUCUUCCAAGGAAGCUGAGCAGUGUGGUGUAGUGCCUUUCCUGAAAUCCAUAUUAAACCAGACAGAUGUGGAAACCCCUGUGUUGGUGUUUUCUAUCAACCUUGUUGGCGUUCUUGGACAGAUUCCCGAUCUUAACAAACAACAAGGAGAACUCAUUGAAACUUUCCUGGACUUCGUUUUAAAGGAAAAAGAAUUGACUGAUCCAUCCAUAGGAACAGAGUACUUUGAUACACUUAGGAAAUUGAUAACAUUUCGGUCUCCGACUGGCAAGUGCCUUUAUGUAUGGAAGAAUGGAAAAGAGCUGGUGCUGAAAUGUUGGCAGUUACUUGCUGACGAGAGGAGCCUAUUUCUGACAUCGGCUGUCCUUAGGUUCUUCAAAGAUUACUUUGGUCUCUUUGAGGAUGUUCAAAAUGUUAAGGAGAGCUAUAUAACAACCAUCGAGAGAGUUGUGAAUCAUAUAUGCCAAGUUCAUACCAGUACUAAUGGCUUUGAUCAACAAAAACCUCCUUCCAUUCUGCCUUCUGUUUUACAGCUGUUUCAGGAAAUGCCUCGCCAAAUGAUUGAAACAUUGGAGAGAACUGUUGUACAGAAAUUGUCUGAGUGUCUAGCAUAUAUUGUUGGCAACAUGGGCAAAGAGAUAUGCUUCUUUGCACUUGAAUCAUUGUUAACAUUACAAAUUAAUCUCAGAGCCCAGGAACAAGGAAAGCUUGAGAGUAUAGUGAAACAGUUACCUCAGGAUUUAGUAGACAGGGACAUUCUCCGGAGUCAGAAGGUGUGCAUCAAGAUGUUGGAAAAUGGAGCCCAUGAAGGAAUUGCGAAAGAUUUGCUUUUAUGUCCACUAUAUAUAAUGACAAGCCGAUCAGACCUUGUACAGACUGAAGAGCUGCAAGCCAAACAGAUUGGUAUACACAUGAAUUCCAAAUCUACCUGCAUCCAAAUCAUUCUGAACUCGUUGGAGAUUUUCAGCUUUACUGAUGCUCCACAGGACGCAUUGAAAGCAACGGAGGAACUGUUUGCCCUGACACAUGAUGGCAAUAUAUCAAAGAUCCCAUUCUCUUGUCAUCUCUUCCACUGUAAAAGAAUCCAGCAAAGAUGCUUAGAACUGUUCAUAAAAAACCAUAGUAGGUUGGCCCAUCCAAGGAGGCUUUGUUGGUCCAUCCUGGAUGUGUUGAAAACAGACAAUUUGGACACUGUGACCUUCAGCAAAUGUUUGGAUGUACUGUGUAUGUUGGCACCAGAAGUGCUCAUGUGUACUGAUUCAGAACUGAAAGAUGGAGAGACGUUUGACCAACGUCUCACUAACGCUGUGCAGUUCAAUCUUUGCUGCAUCGAGUGGGAACGAAGGGACACAACUCUUGAGUUCUUGACGAAACUCAUACCCAGUUGUCAAGGUAUAAUCUGUUACAAAUUGACCACAGUAGGGGUGACUCAGUGGAUGAGGUCUGGCCGUCUCUGUCUGUAUGUAUACCAAGCUCUAGAUGACUCCAACAGUUACACGAGAGCCACAGCUUUGACCUGUUUACAGGGAGUACUCGAGUCUAGCCAGCUAACAACAGAUCUCCUUCAGCAAUGUGACAUUACAAUGGAAGACACAGAAGCUUUCGCUAGAAGGGAAAGUAUUUGUUUUAUAACCACUAUGUGGAAUUCAGUACAUUGUGACUUGAAAGUAAACAUACUAAAAAUCCUGGUUGAAAGAACAAGCAGUGAUUUUGACUGGGAGGUCAAAGUGAAGUUAGUAGAUUUCUGGGAGAUGCUGAUAGAUAAAGAUUUGAUAGGGUCAGAUGUGAAAUUGCCAUCAUAUGCAAACAGCUUACAGCCAAGAGAAAAACAACAAACACUUGAACAAACAAGAGGAACAUUACAAAACAUUGAAUGUUUUGUCAAAACAGCAUGCUUCGAUUCUUUAUUCAAGCUUCUUGAUGACUAUGAUCAAAGUGUUUGUGAAAAAGCCUGUCUACUCCUGAUGAGAGUGAUGAAGCAUUUGUCAGAUGUACUUGAAGUUGAUUCAGCCAUACCGGCAAAAAAGAGGAAGACUGAUGAUUCAGAAACAAACAUUGAGUCUGUUUAUCAAAAGCUGAAGGCUCUUGAUUUGACAACUAGACUGUUGGAGGUCUCCACGACAUGUGACGAGUACGACAAGAAUCCCAUGUCACUUUUAGAAGACAUGUUGUCCUAUUCAAAGAAGACAGAAACAGAUAAUGAGAGCAAUGCUCUAGACUGUUAUUAAAGUACAAUCGAGUUGAUUGUGGUAUAUAUAUUGUGUAAUUUUUGGUCCACUUUUCGAAGUCGCACUGCUAAACUCAGGGCUUUUUCUCAGUGGUUUGGGAAACGGCCUAUUUGUCUCAUUUUGGGAAGAAAAUUGGUGAAUUGGGAACGAUUUUUUCAGGAGUAAACUGCAAAUUGUGGGAAUAUGAAAUAAUUUCAAUUGGUAAUGGGACCCAUUAACAGCCCCUAAAAGCCCUCAGAAAAAGCCCUGAAACGUCAAUAUAUUCAACUGCACUGUCAUGAAUUUAAUAUCUCUUCUACCUUUCUCAUUUGAGGAAGAGUUACCGGGCGAAAGAAAGCAGCCAUAUUUGAGAGUUAAAAUCUCUCUCCUGUGUUGAAUUUCAUAAGCAUACUAUUUAUAAGCAAGCAAUAUAUUCAGAUACAACAUAGGCCCAGGGUUUUACUUGCUUCCUUAAUAAUACAUGGAGACAUAUGAGAUUCCCUUGCCAUAAGUAGAGAUAUACAUGUAAUUGCUCUCUUAAAGAGACACACAUUUUGUUGAGAUUCCCAUGGCCACCUUAAAUGUAAAUCCAACUCCUGAUAGUUCAGUCUGUUAGAUCAUCAACCUACAUAGCUGAAAAACACAUAAGCCUAAUCAGUUUGGCUGGACGGCAUAUGACAGGCUUUCCAUAUGUUGUACAGUGAGGUAGCCACCAACUACUACAAUGAGAUUCCACCUCAGAUUGACCCUGGCUGUUCAAGGGGCAACAGACAAACCUCUGGAUCAUAAAAAUGACAUCAUUGAGACCCCUAUCGAAAUAUAUAGUAUGAAAAGACAAAUACAUAAAUGCCUGUGGGUCCUUCCUUCCCAUCACCAUCACAGGUACUAGCCUUGUCUGUCAAUACAACCAUUUUAUUAUAUAUAAUAAGUGUAUUGACAGAUGAGGCAAGUAUCUGUGCCACCAUUUCAUGUUGCCGAGGACUGCGGAAAACUGCGGAGAUAACCUGUUUCAAUGUAUCCCAUCACAUCUGUUUGAACACAACAUUGCUACAUAACCAGACAUAGCUCAGGAAAACAGCAAUUUGUUACAGAUUUGUUCAUAACAGGUUAAAAUAUAGAGUGAUUGUUGACUGACAAAGUGUCAAAAUUACACCUGGGUAACUACAUAAUUAUGUAAAAAAUAUAAGACAAAUCAGUAAUAGACAUAGCAAACAUUAUAAUUAUUAUUCUAUCAAUGUAAAUGAAAUUAUUACAUGUCAUUAAAAGUCAGUAAUAGACAUAACAAAUGUUACAUUAUUCUAUCAAUGUAAAUGAAAUUAUUACAUGUCAUUAAAAGUCAGUAAUAGACAUAACAAAUGUUAUAUUAUUCUGUCAAUGUAAAUGAAAUUAUUACAUGUCAUUAAAAGUCAGUAAUAGACAUA